AUGUGCGGAACCAGGAUAAACACCUCUUGGGUUCCAUACUUGUCAUUGUUGCUAAUCCUUUGUCUGGGUUUCUCGCCGUGUGUUUGGUGCGUAGAUGGCGAUGAUUACAGCCAAUCCAGUAACCCUACAGUGCUACCACUCGUCACAUCACUUAUAUAUAGCCAAAUUUCAAAUCUCACGAAGAUAUUUGGGAAGGAUAUCACCAAGAGUUUGGGUUUUUGCAUCAAGGAUGUGGAUGCUGAUAUGAACUUAGCAUUCAAUUUUUCAAACAAUUUGGACUUCCUAAAUAAUUGUGUUAGACAAACAAAAGAUGUCACCAAGCGAAUAUGUACAGCAGCAGAGAUAAAGUUCUACUUUGAUUCCUUUUUCUACAGAAAGGCGUCGGAGGCUCAAAUCUUGAAACCCAACAGGAACUGUAAUUUGACCUCGUGGGUUCCCGGAUGUGAGCCAGGAUGGGCUUGUAGUGUUGGUCCAAAUGAGAAGGUUGAUCUCAAAAACUCAACAAACAUGCCUGACCGGACCCUUGAUAGUCAACCUUGUUGUGAGGGUUUCUUUUGCCCUCGAGGUCUCACUUGUAUGAUAGGUACAACUAUCAACUCCCUCCUGGUAAGCCAAAUCAUACUUGUGGCGGAGCUGAUAUUUGGGCCGAUGCAAUUAGUGGUAGCGAGCUAUUCUGUUCAGCGGGAUCAUACUGUCCAACUACUACUACCAAAAAACCAUGCAGUAGUGGACAUUACUGCAGGAAGGGGACAACAGCUGAAAAAGACAGUGACCACCGCUAAAAGUUAUUACAAGCUAUUAGGAGUUUUUGGCAUCGAAAAUCGCUUCAAAACCCAAAACAGUCACAUACAAGUAGCUACCAUGGCCACCGAAGAACACUGGACUACUAGAGAAAUUGGAGGAUUGCCUGGAUGCAGUCUGCAAAUUGGUGUUCUGAGUAUCAUGCUGAUCAUCUUUUAUAAUUGCUCAGACCAAGUCCUCACCACUCGAUAUGAAAGACUGGCCAAAUCCAGGGAAUCUGCAGCAAGAAGUGCACGGGAAACUGCACAAGCGAGAGAGAGGUGGAAAUUGGCAAAAGAUGUUGCCAAGAAGCGGGCUAUGGGAUUGCAACAACAGUUAUCACGCACAUUUUCACGGAAGACAAGUGUAAGGCAACCAGAAGAACUGAAGGUUCUGAAUCAACCUAGACCUGGCAAAGAUGAUGCUUCACUACCCCCUCAGGUUCCUAGUAAUUCAAGUACACCUCUUCAAUCAUCUAGUGCUCCAAAAGGACAGAAAAAGGAACCAAGCAACCUCACGAAAAUGUUGCACUCCAUUGAUGAUAACCCAGAGAGUAAUGAGGGCUUCAAUUUGGAAAUUGGAAACAAGCAUACAAAGAAGCAAAUGCCAAAGGGUAAACAAUUGCACACACGCAGCCAAAUAUUUAAAUAUGCAUAUGGUCAACUUGAAAAAGAGAAAGCAAUGGAGCAGAAGAAUCAGAACUUGACCUUCUCAGGAGUAAUCUCAAUGGCCACUGACACUGAGAUCAGGACCAGGCCAAGGAUUGAGGUUGCUUUCAAGGAUCUCACUCUAACUCUUAAAGGGAAAAACAAACAUUUGAUGAGGUGUAUUACUGGGAAAAUUAUGCCUGGUCGAAUUUCUGCUGUCAUGGGUCCAUCAGGGGCUGGAAAAACAACAUUUCUUUCUGCUGUGACAGGGAAGAUAACCGGAUGCACUAUGUCAGGUUCAAUUCUUAUAAAUGGAAAGUCUGGGUCGAUUGACUCAUACAAGAAAAUUAUCGGUUUUGUUCCACAAGAUGAUAUUGUGCAUGGAAACUUGACAGUUGAGGAGAACCUCCGGUUCAGUGCACGGUGCAGACUAGCUGCGGACAUGCCAAAACCUGAUAAGGUUCUUGUUGUUGAAAGAGUUAUUGAGUCCUUGGGACUGCGUACGGUGAGGGAGUCCCUGGUUGGGACAGUUGAAAAGCGAGGAAUUUCUGGAGGCCAGAGAAAACGAGUAAAUGUUGGGCUGGAAAUGGUCAUGGAACCUUCGUUGUUGAUCUUGGAUGAGCCCACAUCUGGUUUGGACAGUUCAUCUUCCAAUUUACUUCUUAGAGCUCUUCGACGGGAAGCUCUUGAGGGGGUAAACAUCUGCAUGGUCGUUCACCAGCCAAGGUAG